GCCAUUCAUCUCGCCACCUCCAUCCCCGCUCCCAUCAUGCCGUCGUUCACCCUGGAGCUGCUCCAAGACCACCUGAGCGUCUACCGAUUCCCAAGCCCGACCGCCGAUUCGGCCGUCGCCCGCAAGCCAGACCCAAUCCUCGACUUUGCUGCGGGCCUCUUCCGUGCAUCGUGCGAGCGACAGGUCUUUUGCUCCCUAACGCGAACGCACGACGAGAUCUCGAUCGUAUGCCCCAGCAAACUCCUGGACGACCACCUGGCUCUGAUGCGCCACCGCCCUGCAGCUCCUCCAACAGCGGUCCCGGUGACAACUGCCGCCGCUGCGUCUAAUGACCAGGCUCAACCCGAGCUGCCGGACCCUCGAGCCGAGUCCGAUUGGCGAGCGUUCAAGAUCCAGGGCCCGCUGGACUUUGCCCUCGUCGGGGUGCUCUCGCAGAUCUCGGCCGUGCUGGCGCAGGCUGGGGUUUCGAUCUUUGCGGUGUCAACGUUUGACACCGACUAUAUUCUCGUCAAGCAGGAUCGUCUGGACGAUGCAAGGGCUGCGCUGGAGGCCAUGGGUUGCUCCAUCCAGCCCUGAGCAGCCAGAGACAAGCAAGGGUUCUGUCCUCGGCAGUGGUACUAAGCGUCGGCUUUUUCAGCAUUCUGGCCGGUGGCAAAGUCGACGAAAUAGACUCUGUGCGCACAAAGCGCCUGUAUGCCUGAAGAUCCAUCCGAGAG